AUUAAAUGUAAUUAAAAGAGGAAUUAAUUAGUAUUUUGCGGGAAUAUAAAUUACAGACAAAAAACUCUAAUAGCAAAGCGUCAAAGCCAAUUUCUAUUCUUUCAAUUUUAAGACCAAAUCACGAGCAACUCACUCUCAGACUCAGCUGAGUUAAAAUCGCUAAAGCGAUAUGGCUUUGCAGCUAUGGGAAACGUUGAAGGAGGCGAUAACGGCGUAUACGGGUCUAUCUCCGGCCACUUUUUUUACGGUUCUAGCUCUGUUAUGGGCUGUUUACUAUGUAGCAACGGGUCUAUUUGGGUCAUCCGAUGAUCAUAUCCAUCAACGGUCUACGGCUUUCGAGGAGCAGAUGGAGCCGCUACCGCCACCGGUUCAGCUCGGCGAGAUUACCGAGGAGGAACUUAAGCAGUAUGAUGGGUCGGAUUCAAAGAAACCACUCCUUAUGGCCAUCAAGGGCCAGAUCUAUGAUGUUUCUCAAAGCAGAAUGUUUUAUGGACCUGGUGGACCUUACGCAUUGUUUGCCGGAAAAGAUGCGAGCAGAGCUCUUGCAAAGAUGUCUUUCGAAGAAAAAGAUCUGACAGGUGACAUUUCAGGUCUUGGUCCAUUCGAAUUGGACGCAUUGCAGGAUUGGGAGUACAAGUUCAUGAGCAAGUACGUGAAGGUUGGAACCAUCAAGAAGACAACUGUUCCAGUAACCGAAGGGGAUGCCAGUGGUGAAGCCUCAGGAGCUGCAGAAACUGAUACUAAGCCAACUGAAGAUGGUCCAUCACAAACUCCAGUUACUGAGUCAGAGGAAAAAUCUUCUCCUGCAGAUACUAAGGAGGAGUAACAUGUUCGAGCUUUAGCUGUUUCUGUUUCGAACAGGUGAUCACUCUUUGUACUGGACAUGCCGGAAGAGACAGCAUUGUGUUGUUCGAAUGAAUGUGAAUCGUCUUCUAUAUAUAAACUCAAGUUAGUGCAGAUACUGUUUCUAGCAAAACUUGCCUCAAUAUUUAGUUCCAUCAAAAAAAUAAAUGUUAAGAAAACCUGGGAUUCAGACAAAUACUUAUUAUGAUGAACUGAUAUGUGUGGGCAGGAAUUAAUUACUUUGUUCAACAAAAUAA